AUGUGCACUAUCUCUAACACCUGCAUAGGACCUCCCUGUCGUUCUCGGUCCCCCGAGCCCGCGCCGCUCAGCGAAACUAAAACAAGACUUAUCUUUGCACUUCUAGCUCUUUUCAUUGGCCUCCUCCUCGGAUCCGCCAUCAUGUACACGCUAUCUACCGACGACCUCGACCCCAUCGUGCGGGAGCACAUCCGCGCUAAAUGGGAGGUUGAAAUAAACCAGCACAACGACCGACGCCAACGCAUGACAGAAGAACGCUCUCAGUGGGAGUCCGAAAUAAAGCAACACAACGACAUCCGCCUUGAAUGGGAGGUUGAAGUGAACAAGCACAACGACCUACACCGACGUAUGUCGGGGGAACGUUCCCAAUGGGAGUUCGAAAUAAAGCAGCACAACGACAUCCGCCUUAAAUGGGAGGUUGAAGUAAACAAGCACAACGACCUACGCCAAUGUAUGGCAGAUGAACGAUCACAAUUGGACUCGGAGCGCCAGGCGUGGGAGGAGAUGCGUCUUGGAGAGAGGAAGGAGGCGUUAGAGGAACACCGAAGGGCAAGGGAGAAGGAAGAAGAAGAAGAGGAGAGGCGGAGGGCGGGGAUAUAUUGGUUGGAGCUUGUUAGGGCGCCGCAUUGCACAAAGUAUGGAACUAGGGAGUAUCGUGCCAAGUUGGGCCCUGUUGGUUGGGGCGUUGAUCAGCUCAAAGCGUGUCGCGAGACGGAGAUUGAGAUUCAUGGGCGGAUGAUAAAGCCGAACCGAUGUGAUGAUAUGGGUAUGUUUAAUGGGGUGUGGGGUGUCUGGAUGGUUGAUUUCGACGAAGGCGCUUGUCGUACUUUUUGGGGUGAUUACAAGGACAAGGGAUGCACGGCGCCGGGAUCCGGACUUCGUCACAUCGAGGCCAAUCUAAAAAACCACGACGCUGCCGAUGAAUGGACUGCUAUGUGCACCACAACACCCUAUGAUUUCAACGGAUUGCAUUUUGACGGUGCGAUAUCUUGCGCUAAUUGGGGAAAAUACGGCAUAUUCGGAUUUUGGGACAUCGAAGACAAGAACUGCGUGUGA